ACGAUUUAGAAAUUUGCGAUUAAUAAGGAAUUGUGCUGUUAUUAUCGUAUCAUUCGCCACAAUUCACAGCUGUCGGAAAAUGAGGUUAUGUUUUUAAUUAGUAAAACUGAAAUAUAAUUAACAGAUUAACUUAAUCAGAGUUGACGUGACCGGUCCUGAUUCUGAUGAGAGUUCUAUAACCUCUCACUAUUGUGUUGAUAGUGUCCUGCGAACGGUGAUCAUUUAUAAAUUAAGAUUUUUUUGUUAGGAGAAGAUAUUGAAAUAUGGCAAGCGAAGAAAUAUAUAAUCGAGAAGCCAAUAAGAAACUGCAGCCCAUAUUUAAGAAUCGUUCGUUCCAACAAAAAUUUCGACAGACUAGCAGCAGUGGAAAGAAACGCACUUGGCGAUCAUUGAAACAAGUCUUGGCUCAGGAACGUUCGUUACCAUGGCCAACGGCAAUAAAACAUUACAGUUCUAUCAAUGCACCACCGAGCUUCAAACCUGCAAAAAAAUACUCAGAUAUUUCUGGAUUGCCGGCUCGAUACACGGAUCCACAAACUAAGUUGUAUUAUGCCACUGCCGAAGAAUUUGCAACGGUUCGCAGUUUACCGAUGGACAUAACGGCCGGAUAUUUGGCUUUACGUGGAGCGUCCAGUAUCGUUGGUUAAAUGAUCCGAUACUCGACAUGGCCUAAUCGAGCGACUACAUUGUGAUCUAUAUAUCAUCCGACAAUGCAACUCAAUCAUCCAGUGGUCAUUAUAGGACAUUUACAAUUUAUAUUUUAAAUAUAUAAACAUCUAUACAUUUCGCAAUAUGUUGCUUUUAACAUCCUUGAGUUUCCUUCUCGUUCAUAUUCACGAAGAACAG